GUGAAAAAGCUACUUUUACUAGCUCUCUCCCCAAACCAAAGAUCCACUCAAAAAAUGAAAAUGCUCUCAUAUUGGACAUACCAAAUAUGAGUAACAUUGCAUCAAAUGAUAUUGUAGCAGCCCUCGCAGCUAAACUAGGAGGAAGACUUAAUGGCAGCAAAAUUUCAUUUUUCUAG